UGGGGAAUGUGGGAUAUUUUGAACAAACUAUAUCCCAUCUUACCCCACAAUGCUAUAAUAGAACGUGGUAUAUGGUUAAAUUUCAGAAACCACAAAGGUUUGGAACAUGAGAAUCAUUAGAAAGACGAACUUUUGGGUUUGUGUGGCCGUGGUUUUAUUACUGGGCGUUAUUUAUCACAUACAUAAAAAUCGCAUUGAAAACAUUCAAAGCAAAGUUGCCGCUGUAAAAAAAGGAAUGACGGAAAAGGAGUUUACAAGAACCACUGGUGCAAAUGGUGGAGAAACGACGGAAGAGGAUGAUGCAUUGACUACGGGGCGGACGCAGGAAGAAAACAAAAAAACAACUGAAGAAGUUUCAUCAAAAACAACCGGGAAAACAGAACCUUCUAAAGAAGAUAAAUGUCGUGUACAAGAUUACAACGAUAUUAGUUCAAUCCAACCGAGGAUUAAAUUAAACCCAAACAAGUUUUUACUCCCCUCUUUAGUUUGGGGACCAAACAACCAACUCUUGGGGUUUUUGGAUUCAAUCGUUGUGGCAAUUAAACUAAACAGGACCCUUGUCAUCCCCUUGUUUUUCAAACAUUCAUCGGAUGGUGGAAUGAACAGUUUGACUUCUGCCCUAAAUCGGAUAGACAUCUUAUAUUUGGCUCAUGCUAUUUCUAUAAUUGACCUCGACCGUUUUAAGAAAAUAACUGGCGGAUCAGUGGACGUUGUGUUUCAGACCAAAGUCACCGAAGCAGUCUCGUCAGGUAUUCUUACUGGCGAAAACAAAUUGGGAGUUAGAGUGAUUCGAGACUCUGAGUUUCCUAAAGGUCGCAUGAUGCCUGGGUGGGAGGUGGAGAAUCAAGUGGGUGAGCUUGAUAUCGAUGAUCUACCGAAGACGUACAAGACAGAUCUUCGCACAGCCAUGAUAGUAAAUCCUUUUCAAUCGCUACGUUUAUCCCCAGCAGAAGGUUUCGCCUCACAACCGUUCAAUACGAUAAACAAACUGACCGAGGAGGAAAUUUUGAAAUCACCAGCUAAUAUCAUUAUGGAUUUUGCGACUUAUUCGAUUAAAAGGCCCCCAUAUGCUGUUUAUAUAGCGGCGGAUUUCGUGAAGAAAAUUAUAAAUUCAGACUACAUGGCUGUACAUUGGCGUUACAAUUGGAACCUAAUUUCGGUGAACUGCGACUUGGAAAAACUGUGGAACAUACAACCGCGCGGAAGAGUUUGUGGUAGAACAAUCCAACCUAAACAGAUGGCAGAUGCUAUAGCAAAGAAAGCUUUGGAAAUAAAAAAAGAGAAAAACUUGGAUUCGUAUCUUCCGAUCUAUAUAGCUGCGCCCGGGGACCUGGAGGGUUUUGUGGGGAAAGUAUCGGAGGAAAUUGCGAGCUUACUUAAAGAAAAAUCUCCGAAAAUAUUUCUACCUAAGGACUUGAAAGCGUUCGUGGACACGGAGUAUCCUCCUGAGGUGUGCGGGUCAAUCCGGCCAACUGAGAACGAGUUAAUAUCCUUGCUAGAAAUGCAGUUGUUUACAACGAGUUUAUCGUUUUUAUAUUCGGAAGAUUCAACUUUAUCGAGUGUUAUAAAACACAACCGAAGAUCCGAGUCUCAUCCCUAUGAUAGCCCAGUGUAUGAACUGAUAACUGGUAUCAAAAAGAACUCAAGGCUUCGUUAAACCAUUUGUAUAUAUAGUGUGGGGAGAGAUGGAACACUUCAUCACAUAAUAUCGAAAUACUCUGAUCGUGUUUAAACAAUCAACAACGGUCAAUUGCAGUUUUGAGGAUACGGUUUAUAAUUCUUUGAGUGUUUUUUACUACCAAAUGGGACGACAGAAUGGAAUUAAACGGUGUCCCAUCUCCACCCCCUAUUAUAUAGUGUAGGGGGUAAGAUGGAUACCGUCAGCGCAUAGUAUUCCAGUUUCCUACUCAAGUUUUUAACGGUUUAAUAUUAAACAAUGCUCCUUUAAAGUCGUAAAAAAACGGUUAUAUAUAAUCCUGUGAAUAUUCUUUGUUUACUGCUAAAUAGAACGAUAAAAAAGCAUGGAAAAAGUACCUUGCCCCAACCCACUAUAAAACGCAUUUAAAAUUGAUAACUACCCACUGUACUUAAGCGUAUAGAUCAAUAUUUAUCGUUUUGCGCAAAAUGUCUCGUUAUUUCUUUUUCGCUUACGGGUGCAAUGAUAUCAAUACAGAAAUAAUUUGAAGUUAAAUGUAA